AUGUAUCUAUACCUGGUAUUACCACAUGAAUAUUCUCAAAUAAUUUACAAUAAACCCAAUAAUAUGUACCCACCUCAGUGGAUAACAAAGAAACAAAUGGACCACCAGGUAUGGACCCCAUUGAUUCAAUAUUUUAAAAAAGAAAUAUUCGAAAAAUACAUACCAAGUUAUUUAGAAGAAUGGACCAUAAAAGGAAAGAUUACCAAUAAUCGCAUCCAAGAACAAUUUCCUAAUCAAGAAAUUUUUGAAGAAUACAAAACACCAUAUGAUAGUGAUGAACAAAACAAUUCGGCUGAAAAACCGAAUUACCUGUGA